AUGUUCUUUAGUAAAGAAGGCAUACAGGAAGAGCUCGAAUAUAAUCCCUUUAACGAUAUUAUUGAGGAUAACAUAUUUAAGAUGUUCCAGCCAGAAGACCCUCACCCACCCCCCUUCAUAAGCCCCUCUCCCCUCUCUGAAUCCAAAUCCAUCUUCCUCCAACCCCAAACCCCAGCCAAGGAAGACCUCCGGAAGAAAAAUGGCAGAAUCAGGUCCCAAAGAGCCCGUAAACGCAAGAAGGAAUACAUCCAAGAACUUGAGGCUAAGGUCAAACAGCUUGAAAGAGAGAACCUCAGGCUGCUUAACCUUAAAGAACAGAAGUCAAGUGAUAUAGCCGAAGGGAUGAGUAUGAACUCUAAGGUGUUUGAGAGUGGGCUUAGCAAGACAAUGAGAGACCUCUGGGGCAAGGUUAUUGACAUAGAUUCAUUAGAGCAGAAACAAGAUAUGAUAUCAUUUGCAGAGCUUUUUCAGAAGUAUCAUCAUAUUUAUAUAGACAAACACAAACUGUUUAUUGAUUCAGUGUUCAAAAUGCUGAUCAAUAAUAUUCAUGGAAACCUCACUCCUUCGUAUUGGAAGGACUUGGGUAAAGAAUAUGAAACUGAGUUUGAUGUAAUUAAGAAGCUGAACUGUGUCUCUAAGUAUAGAAUUACAGAGAUGACAGAUAACUAUAAUCUUAGAGAAAUUGAUUAUUUUGUUGCUUCUUUGAAUCCAAAUAAAAAGCAGUUCAAUUUCCUGAAAAAGAUUUUGUUCAAGAAAGAAGAAGUUAUAAAAGAAAAAUGAGAGAAGGCUAUUCAAAAGCUCCUUGAAGCUAAGUCUAUCAUUGAGGAAUCAUUUGGAGAAUAUAUUUGUACCUUCAGAUUAAUGAUAAAGUCUGGAUUAUUCUCAGAUCAACAAAUACUAAACUCCAAGUUCAAAGAAAUGAUAUUAAACAAAGAAAGUAGAGUCGACUCAAUCUGGAAGGUAAAAUCUUCUCCAUCUACAACCACCUACAAACUCUCAAGAGACGAAAUAAUCGGUAGAACCAUCAAAAAAUACCUCCCUAGACAAGAUUACAACAUCGACAUCGAAUUUAACAAAUUCCACAUCACCAAAUAACACCUCUAAAAUCCAUUUCAA